AUGAGCCACAACCUCUUUAAUAUAUGGCUUUACUCAAUUGCUUAUUUCAGGAAGACAAUGGCCACAGCUGCUCCUCCUGUGUCAUUUUCCUCUACUAAAGAGACAGCCAAUUAUGCAAGACUUUGUCAUCUUUUGGUUGAAGUGGGAUCUUGUGUGCUACGGAACACAUUUGACAAGAUUAAUCCCCCAAGCGACCUUCACAAACACUUGAAGACACAUCGUGCCACACUACAGCAACUUCGAAUGAAAAAAAUUUUAAAUCCAACACAAUGGGGAAAGUUAUACCCUGCAAUACGUACCUCAGUAUCAUCAAAAAACUUUGACAUAACUCUUCUGACAGUCCUACUAAGGAACAUUUGUAGCCUAAGUCGACCAGCCACUGGAUGGAAUGCACUUCCCCCUGCCGCAGUUACAAGCACAGAGGCUGACAUUGUGCGAGUGAAAUACUUUAGAAAUACAGUGUAUGGCCAUGCUGAGAAUGCUUCUGUGGAUGAUGCUACAUUCAAUGUAUAUUGGCAAGACAUCAAAGAUGCUUUAGUGAGACUUGGAGGAACUGCAUAUGGAGUGGCAAUUGAUGAUCUUAAAAAUGAGUGCAUGGACCCUUUAUUUGAAGAACACUACAGAGAACUUCUAAAAGAAUGGAAAAGAGAUGAUGAUAACACUAAAGACAAACUGAAUGAGAUUCAUUGGAUGCUAGAAGAACUAAUGAAAGCAUCAGCAAGCAAAACACAACCAAAAGGUAAAUUUAUCAGCAGCAAGUUGAUUUGAAGACAGGGAAGGAAAAACAAAAUUGAUGAUAGAGGAAUGAGGAGAAAAAACCAGAAGAAACCACAAACAAACUUAGCAAGAAAUUAGAAGAAUCAUCAAGCAUUUUUCUAAUCCUUUUUUCUUUUUUACUUUCCAUUCCUUCCUUUUUCUAUCCUUUUUUUGUUCUAUGUUUCCUUUUCAGCACUUUCUUUUCCUCCUCCCCCUUUAGUCAUUAUCUUCUUUUUCCCUUUUUCCUUAUCUAAUAUGUAAAUUAAAGAGAGGAAAGGAAAAGCAAUCAUUUACAUGCUUAUUUUACUUUCUGAUAAAAAUAAACUAAAUACAUUGAAAGGAGCCUGACUACAUUGGAACAUUCUCACUUCGUCUUUAAUUUCUUUUGGGAGAGAUGCAAAUAUCUAAGACUCAGUUUUCAUUGAUUGAAAAAUAAUAUUGUUCUGAAAUCAAAAUUAGUCCUUUAUUUACCUCAUAGCAAUAAUACUUUAGUUUCAGAUGUUGAGGAAAUGGUCUGAAAUGAAACUUAAUCCUUCAUUUACCUAAGACCAGUAAUGCUUUAAUUUCAGAUGCUGAGGAACCAGCUGAACUGAUACAAAGGAUUCGCCAACUUUAUUUGACACGUGAAGGGCAACUUUCACCAUUUCCUUGGUGUGACCUUGAGCUGAAUGAUAUAUUUACCAGGCCAACCAUUGUCAGACAAGACAAAACUAGACGAACAGCUGCAGAACAGGUAACCAGCAUAACCGGAGUCUUUAAACCACACAAUGGAUGCUCCAAGCCCAGAAUUGUUCUGAUUGAAGGAGAACCUGGAAUGGGCAAGACUACCUAUUGUCAAAAGGUAGUGUAUGACUGGGCCAAUGGUCAAGAAACAGAUGCUUCUUUCCCAAAAAUUAAAUUGGUUCUCCUGCUCAAAUGCCUUGACAUGUCAGGCAACAUCUGGGAAGCUAUUGAUGAUCAGCUGCUUCCUAAAGAUAUUGAAAAGGAAGAAAGAGAGAACUUCUUCAAGUACAUUCGUGCCAAUCAGUCCCAGGUUCUCUUGGUACUUGAUGGAUUAGAUGAAGCACCUUCCAAUCUCAUGAAGAUAUUUUCUGACCUUGUUGAGAGCAGAGAGCUAUCAAAGUCUCACAUCAUUCUUACAUCCAGGCAAGAGGGUAGUGUUAAGAUAAGAAAGUAUUGUGACACCUUACUUCAAAUACAAGGAUUUGCUCCAGAGAAUUCUCACAAUUACAUCAAACACUACUUCAAAGACUUGGAGGCACAGGGACAAAACCUUCUGAAGGACAUAGAACAAAAUAUUGAACUUGGAGAACUGAUUGUCAAUCCAUUGUUCACAGCAAUGCUGUGUCUUUUUUAUGAAUAUUUAGAAGGUGGUCUGCCUCUAAGCAAGACUCAGUUGUAUCUUGAAAUCACAGAAUGCAUUCUUAAGAGAUUUUGCCAAAAGCAAGGGUUGUCCCACGAUAAUGACAACCAAUCUGAAGUUUACAAAGAAGAGCUGGAACAAUUGGGAAGAAUAGCCUGGGAGGCCUUGAAGAGAGAUAUAAUGCAUAUUGACAAAGGAGUGUUUACAGCUACAACUACAAGAAAAUCACCUCUAUUUGAAUUUUUGUCAGUUCAGUCUAACAGCAGCAAAAGAAGAUCCCAUACAUGCUACCGAUUUUCACACAAGAGUUUUCAAGAAUUCUUUGCAGGUCUUUAUCUCUCUGACCAAAUUUUGAAAGGGGAAACAGACUUUGAGGGACUGCUUGCAAAUGAAAGACAAAACUUAAAGUCUCUUGAACCAGUCCUUUUGUUCACAGUUGGUAUCCUUGGCCAUAAAAGUGAAGAUGGAGCCUUGUCUCUUUUAAAAAUCAUUAUCAUGAAAACCAAUCUUUUCAAAAACGUUGUUCUUUCAAAUUUUUAUCUGUAUUUUGCUUUAAAGUGCAUUGGUGAAUGCUCCAUGGAAAAUUCAGGACUUCGAUCCCAGAUGAUAAAUUUGUUGGGAACAAACCUAGAGCUUCAAUGCUUGAUGAUAUCUGAUGACAGUUUUCCCAUUAAGUUGUUUCUUGAGGCCCUUCAAGUUAACAGCACACUUACACUUUUACACAUCCUUGUUCCAUUUUUUGGAGACCAGUUUAUUGUGUCAUUGGCAAAUAUGCUUCGAGUUAAUAAAACUUUGACUGCAGUUGUAUUUAUUACAAAUGGUUUUGUCAGUGCACCUGGUGUUCAGAAUCUGGCUGAUUCUCUAAUGGUUAACAAAACACUAUGUGACUUACUGUUUAGUGGAAAUGCAUGGGGUGACAAUGCAGUCAGGAUCUUGGCAGGUUAUUUAAAGAGGAGUGUAAACUUGAGUUCCUUUGAUCUAACUGCUAGUGACAUUGGUGAUCCAGGAGCCACAGCACUAGCUGAGGUUUUAAGGACCAACACCACUUUAAACGGUAUGCACCUUCAGAGAAAUCCAGGUAUUGGUAAUCCCAGCGUCAUGUCACUGUGUGAGGCUCUGAGAGUCAACACAGCCCUUAGUUCAUUAAAUUUGUCUGAAACUGGUAUUAGUGAUGCUGGUGUUCUUUCUCUUGUGGAAGUUCUCAAAACUAAUACCAGCAGCCUAACCUCUUUGUCACUAUCAGAUAUCAAAAUAAGUCAUCGAAGUGUAAAGUCCAUUGCAGAAGUCUUGAGAGUCAACUGCACUUUGAAAGAGCUUACAUUUGAAGGAAAUAAAGUUGGUGUUGGUGGAGCGAAGUUGAUAGCUGAAAGCCUUAAAGCCAAUACAACCCUGAAACUUCUAAGUCUCUCAAGGAACAACAUCAAAGCACCAUGUGGCCGUUUAUUUUCUGAUGCCCUCAAAGUUAAUGGGACACUGGAAUCUCUGAUUUUGGCAGAGAAUGCCCUUGGCGCUCGUGGUGCCCAACUUCUAUCAGAAGGGCCAAGAGUGAAUACCUCACUUACACAUCUGGACCUGUCUGGGAAUUCCAUUGGUGAUGAUGGUGCGAAAUCAAUUGCAGAGACCAUCAGAAUUUAUGCUUCAUUGACUAGCUUAAAGCUAUCACAAAACAGUAUUGGUGAUCCUGGAGCCAACAAAGUUUCUGAAGCUCUUAAAGAUAAUGUCUCUUUGGAGGACCUGGAUCUGUCAUUUAAUGCCAUUGGUGCUGCUGGAGCUGAGUCUAUUGCUGAGGCGCUUAAAAGUAAUGCUACUCUGACUUAUUUAAAACUUGAUUAUAAUGUCAUUGGUGAUAAUGGGGCCCAAUCACUUUGUGAGGCUCUUAAGACAAAUGCCACCUUGACCGACCUGAAUGUUUCUUACAACAAUAUUCAUUCAGCUGGUGCUCAGGCAUUUGAUGAGCUCCAAGGACUUAAUAACACCCUAAAGAAAGUAGCUAUGAUCAUGAACAAUAAUGGUGAUUUUGGUGAUCAUGGGGAUCAAGAAUUCAGUGAAGUCCCCAUGAUAAGCUUGCCUUCUUUUCCUAUUUCACACGAUCUUUCACUGCGUUUUACUGAGCAAGGAAGCUUUGAUGUACUUGUUUCUAGAGAAACUUUGAUGCUACCUCAACAGUGA